AUGGCCGCAGUGUCCGUGACCAACGAUUUGCAAGCCCCUCUCGAAGUUAAGCUUCAGAAUGGGGAGUGGCAGAUCGUGUAUCCCCAGAAGUGCUUCGACGUCGAAGUGUCGGGGGAGGCGUCGGUCUCCUUGCUGGAAGUUCGAUUGCGAGAAAGCCCGGAGGUGACGGGCGGCUGCCAGGUUGCGGGAGGCUCCUCAUUGCGGGCCUCUCUGGACUUCGGAGCCUUUUCCCAACAGUGCAAAGGCCGGGACCGAGCCGAGGCCCGGGAGCUGGCCCGCGAAGCAGAGCGACGCAAGGAGGCCCAGGAACGGACGGAGGCGAUGAUCCAGGAGGCCGCCGCCAAGAGACGGAACGCAGACGGAUUUGGUCUCGCUGUCUUUGUCGGGACUCUGUUUCUUGGGCUCCCGUUAAUCCUCCUCGUUCUUUGCUCUGCCGUCCCACCCGAAAGCGCUGUUGCAGCCGCACUGCUGGCCAGUGCCACCGUGCCACUGUGCUGCUGCAUCAGCACGGCCUCGAUUCUCGGAGGAAAUGGAGAUUCAGAUGCAAGGUUCAUGUUUGGAAAGUAUGAGAUCGCCUUCGGUGUUGGUGUCCGGCUAGUGAGCCUCCUCGCUUUAAUGUCGUUCGCAGGCAUGACGGCCCGGCACACCCUGCAAGGUUACUGGUGGACGGCCUUUAUCGUGUGGCCUGUGGCCGUUUGCGGUGGCGUAAUGUUCUGUGUUCGCUGCCUCGUCGACGUCGAAAUGGACGACAAGCAGAGGAAAACCCUCGAACGAGAGCGCGAGGAAGCCCACUGCGAAGUCAGCAACCGGAGCAUCCGCUUCGAAGGAAGCGUCCUGAGUGAACCUGGCUGCCCCUGCGUGGCCAGCUGGCCUGGCAAGUACGAGGGAGCCUGGGAAUCCCUGGUGUCUCAGGGCCGACACGGCGAGGUCAGUGCGGCUGUCGUCUUCCUCCCGGAGGGCACGGACGACUAUGGAGCACACGACAGCAUCCCCUUGGCUUAUGGCUCGCCCGGCAGCUGCUGGUGCACGCCACUUUACGGGGAGGAGAAGCCGUGGGGUUGUAGAUGGUUUACAAAAUGGAGGGAGAACAUCGAAACGGCAGUGGCAUCCGGAGCAGAGCUUGAAGUCUAUUACUUCCAGAAUCGCGUCGGCAAAGGCAAGGUGGAGAGCUUCGACACGGCAGGUGACGACAACCUCUGCAGGGAGAAGGUGAAUAAGAAACAAAAGGACUUCGAGGAGUCUCCUGAGUUCAAGCAGGCGCUGGACGCAGGUCUCGGCAACCUCUCCAAGGAGCCGCGUGGCGACGGAUCCUCCCAGUACAGCAGAGAAGCCCGACGUUUGUUCCUCGCUUCCCUCUCGGAGACAGAGCGCGAGUAUCUAGCCACCUCAGAGGGCCUCGGCAACUCCCAGAAAGCCGAGGUCGCCUGGCUACAAAAGAAGGGCUAUGCGUACUGGGAGGUGGACGUUUCCACGUGGCUUCCGGGUGAGGGAGUUGAGCGAUACGUCCCAGCAUCUGCCGAACAGCAGCCCCAAUUGCUCGACCGGCAGGACGACACAGCUAGUGCUAGUGUUUAA